GGAUGCAGAGGCCAGCUCACGCCCCCGGCUCGGAAGGGCCUUCGAUGCCGGCCUCCGCCAGGGGCACGGGGGCAGUGGGAGAGGCCAGGGCCCCCCGCCUCGUGGGCUGCCCUGGGGUUUGGCCGCGCUCAGCCCCUGCCCGUCUGCCGCCAGGUCUUCGCCUUGAUAGUGUUCUCCUGCAUCUUCGGCGAGGGCUACAGCAACACGCAUGACUCUGGGCAGAGGUACUGCGUGUUCAACCGCAAUGAGGACGCCUGCCGCUUCGGCAGCGCCAUCGGGGUGCUGGCCUUCAUGGCCUGCGCCGCCUUCUUCGUGGUCGACGUCUACUUCCCCCAGAUCAGCAAUGCCACUGACCGCAAGUACCUGGUCAUCGGAGACCUGCUCUUCUCAGCUCUCUGGACCUUCCUGUGGUUCGUGGGUUUCUGCUUCCUCACCAACCAGUGGGUGGCCACCAACCCUCAGGACGUGCUGGUGGGAGCCGACUCGGCCCGCGCGGCCAUCACCUUCAGCUUCUUUUCCAUCUUCUCCUGGGGCGUGCUGGCCUCACUGGCCUACCAGCGCUACAAGGCUGGGGUGGAUGACUUCAUCCAGAACUACGCGGACCCCACCCCGGACCCCAGCACAGCCUACACGUCCUACCCCGGCCCGCCUGUGGACACCUACCAACAGCCGCCUUUCACCCAGAACGCCGAUCCCGCCGAGGGCUACCAGCCGCCCCCCGUGUACUAAGCUGCCGUGGGGAUGGUGAGGGGCGCAGGGAGGGUGAGGGACACCCCUCGGUCCUGGGGUCCUGGACUCCUCCCCUGAGGCUUGCCUCCCGGAGCUCAUGCACAGCCCGGAGCACUCCUGCUCCCCACGCCCCAACCCGCCCACCCUCCUUGGGGCACGUUUUAGGAGAGGGUUUUUAGCCAAACGUUUGUCGUUGCUUGUAAUGAUCCCCAGCCCUGCCCAGAGUGGCUCGAAGUGCCUGACUGUGCUGUUCUGACAAGUGCCUUAGCUUCUCCCCAGCCCGAAGGAGCCGGGCUCAGUCCAGGCCGUAGGGCUGCAGUGACUUGGGGUUCUCUGCCAAAGAUGAGCUGGGGGCCUUCCACCAGCCCUGCUGCCAACACAAGGCUGGGGCUCCCCUCCUCCUCACUCAGGUUUGUUUCCGACCCCCCGCCCUCCUCCCCAACCCCCCCAGAGCAGCAGCUCAUGCUCACUGCUGGUGUCUGCUAGCUUUUGGAUCUGGGGCCACUACCCUGUGCCAGUGCCUCUGGGCCACCAUCCUCGUAGCCAUGGGACAGGGCUGGUGCCUGCCGCAGGGGACACUGGGCAGCACUUCAUGCUCAGCGCUCCCGCCCCUGGCUGCAGGGAGGGUCUUUGCCUGAUGACACCCAGCUUUAUGUAAAUAAAUAUUGUGCCACUGUUAGGAGGUGUGGGGUGCACCCACAGCCCCAGGCUGUUCUGAAUGUAUGAAAAAGCUUUGGGGGAGACACACAGCACCCCUGGAUUCUGUUAGACUGGUUUGGAGAUGGAAUAAAUUUUUCUCACUCGUGAA